GUAAGUAAAAAUAUUGAGAUAAGGGCAGAGUAGUCGAGUACCUCUCGUUGUCUCCUCCGCUCCUUGCCUCCUUGCGCCGCCGCCAAGACGAGUCGCGGCUGAACAGGGGAGGGCCGGGCGGCGAUCUCCAUCGCAGCGGAGGGGAGGGGAUCCUGGAGUGAAAUAAAAGGAUGAGGCUGGUUGGAUUGACUGGUGGGAUUGCGUCUGGAAAGAGCACCAUCUCCAACCUGUUCAAGGCUAGCGGCAUUCCUGUUGUUGAUGCCGACAUUGUUGCUCGGAAUGUGGUACAGAAAGGCACUGGAGGUUGGAAGAAGAUUGUAGAAGCUUUUGGAAAUGAUGUUCUGUUAGAAAAUGGAGAAAUUGACCGAGCUCGCUUAGGACAGAUUGUCUUUUCUGACCCGGAAAAACGCCAAGUUCUAAACCGUCUCCUGGCUCCACAUAUUUCAUCUGGGAUAUUUUGGGAGAUACUAAAACUGUGGAUAAAAGGAUGCAAGGUUAUCGUCCUCGACAUUCCUCUGUUGUUUGAGACAAAGAUGGACCAAUGGACGCACCCUGUUAUUGUUGUGUGGGUGAAUGAAGCAACCCAGAUUGAGAGGCUAAUGUCAAGAGAUGGGUGCUCUGAAGAACAAGCUCGGAAUAGGAUCAAUGCGCAGCUUGCGUUGGACUGGAAGAAGUCACAAGCAGACAUUGUGAUCGACAAUUCUGGCACGCUGGAUGAAACCAAAGAAAAGUUUCAGGAAGUGUUGAGGAACGUCUCUGAACCCCUGACAUGGAAGGAGCGGUUGAGGUCUCGGGAUGGUCUUUUCUCCGUUGUGGUAUGUACAGCAGUGGGGGUUCUGCUUGCCCAGAAGAAUCUGCUAUGAUCUUUAUCUUUAUGUGCUUAGGUCAGGGAGGAUUGAAAUGUCAAUCCAACCUUGCUAGGUAUAGUCAAGAUUACAGUCCUUCAUAUGUUUUGUUUUUUCUGUUAGUUAAAGAUCUGCACUGGUGUCUUGCAACAGUUGAUGAAACUUGGAAUGUACACUGCAUAAUUGAGGUUACAUUCUAAUCCUUUCUGUCGCUA